AUGAGCUCGACACCGUCAAAUCUGGGCAAGUCCCUUUCAGCAUCGACUUCCCAUUCGCCUUCAAUCCAGCCUGGUCCCGUCACUACAAGCUUCGAAUCCAACCGCCGACCCUCCCAACCUAGUCCUUCAUUCCCCCACGCAGCCCCCCGAAAGGGUCAGGGCUCCCGGAAACAACACAAGAUGCAGCGAAGGCCGGGACUUGGCGACGCCAGACAUGCAAACCCAGACGAUGAUGACGCCAUGGCCGAGAUUCGGGCUCUGCGGAAUGCCAAUAGUCGACGAGGACAAACCUCGAUUACACACCUCUUAAACUACAGUCGUCCGCCGAAUACUUACGCGGAUCAUCAUUCUUAUGCUCGGAGUUAUAGACGAAAUCCGACUUGGGGACCUGGUUCGGGCCACCACGCCGUGGACAAGGCGAGAUACGUUCAUGCGAAUUACAGAUUUGUCGUCUCGCCAGAAGGCAAUUACGCCAGUCAGGCGGCUGACGCCGAUGUUCAUAUUGAUUGGAACAACGUUUUGCAGAUUUUGGCUUCAUCCGAGUCGCAGGGCGCCAGUUGCCCGAUCUGUCUAUCAGAGCCGGUGGCGCCGCGAAUGGCAAAGUGCGGUCACAUUUUCUGCCUUCCAUGUUUGAUUCGGUUCAUGAACUCGACAGAUGAGGACUCGAAGCCUGGCAAAGGUGCGAGGUGGAAGAAAUGCCCGCUUUGCGAAGACUGCGUCUACUUGCACGAGACGCGACCCGUGCGUUUCUAUGCGGGACAGGAAAGCCCUCUGCCGCGAGUUGGCGAUGACGUGGUGCUACGCCUCAUGGCCCGGACAGCCAAGUCGACCCUCGCAUUGCCUUGGGAGAAUGGUUCGGACGCGCUGAACGUGUCGGAUGACGUGCCUUGGCACUUUGUAGCCAAUGUCCUGGAUUAUGCUAGGAUCAUGAAGGGAACUGGAGACUACAUGUUGGAGCAAUUCAACGAAGAGAUCGAGGCGCUACGGAAGCAGGGAACCGAGGAUCAGCUUCUUUACCAUGAUGACGAGGAGUGGACCAAGAAGGCGAUCCGGGCCAUCGAUGCGGCGAAAGAGAAGGUUCAAGAUCUCGGCAAAAACGAUUCAAUGCUGCCAACCAAGAAGCUGGGUAAUCAGAACAAGACCGUCCAACCCGAUUUUUACUUCUACUCAUCACAACCGCAUCUCUACUUAUCAGCGCUCGAUAUCCGGAUUCUCAAGACGAAAUAUGGUGACUUUUCUGCAUUCCCAUCCACCUUGUUGCCUCGCGUUGAGCAUAUCUCGACAGGGCAUGUUCUGGAUGAGGUGCAGCGAAAGCGAGCCAAGUACCUGGGCCACCUCCCGUACGGUUGCCGAAUCAGCUUCUUGGAAUGCGAUUGGACGGACAUUGUGUCAGCAGAUGUCCUCGAGAAGUUUGCCGACGAGAUUGGCCGACGGAGGAAGCGGAAUCGCGACAAGGCCGUACAGGAAGAACGCGAGAGGCUUCAAUCCGAAAGGAUCGAGGCUGCCCAGUUCAAGAGCACCGCGGCUAUGAGACGUGACUAUGGAUCGAUCGAAGAAGAUCAUGUGCCUGCAUUGAACCUGGAAGAAUUCCAGCCCCUCUCAAGCCACUCCAAUGCUACGCCGCCCGAUCCACGACCAGGUUUCGAGCACCUCGCAGCCAUUUCUACGAGUCCUUCCACGCAGAAAACCGUGUGGGGUACCCAUGUGGUGCAUGGGUCCCCUGAGCUUGCCCCGGCCUCUAUGCGUCAACUCGACGAUGGAUGGCUAAAGGAUGAAGAUCUGUUUGGCCCUGCUGAGCUUUCUUUCCAGAUGGAGGCCCUAGGUGUGACUGAGCCAGGUCCCUCCAGCAGCAGUUCCGUAUUUGGGGCAGCCAGUAGCAGCAUCGGGGGCGGCGGUGGCAACGGCGCGGGAGGAGCGGGAGGAGCUGGUAAGGGAAAGAAGAAGAAGCAGAAGAUCACGCUGAUGAGCACUGGCGGGCGCAGGCAAGGCUGA